GGCUCUUCGGUGGUAAACACGUGGGGAGUUUUGACACCGCUACCUCUCUCUCUGAAGAUCUCUUGUUGUUAGAUUUGAAUCUAAACCAAACAGAGGAUGACGAGUGAGGACGUGGAGCGGCUGCUGAUCCAGUUUCAGGACGAGGAAGGGGAGGUUCUUGGUUCACCUUUUGAUGUGCCUCUAGACAUCACCCCAGACAAACUACAGCUGGUCUGCAAUGCAUUGCUACAGAAGGAAGAGCCAGUGCCGCUGGCAUUUUUUGUGCGUGGAGAGGCUGAGGUGGUGUCCAGUCUGGGGUCUUGUGUGAAAGCUCUUGGGGUUGAGACAGAGCAAGUCCUACCAGUUGUGUACCAGCCCCAGGCUGUGUUUAGGGUCCGAGCUGUGGCCCGCUGUACCAGCACACUACAGGGACACACAGAAGCUGUUAUCUCAACUGCUUUCAGCCCCACCGGCAAAUAUCUGGCCAGUGGUUCAGGUGAUACCACCGUGCGCUUUUGGGACUUGACAACUGAGACGCCCCACCACACUGCCAGAGGACACACACACUGGGUACUGAGCAUCGCCUGGUCACCCGAUGGCAAGAAACUGGCUUCAGGGUGCAAGAACAGUCAGAUCUGUCUUUGGGAUCCAGUGACAGGUACACAGAUAGGGAAGACUUUGACAGGACACACCAAGUGGAUCACUUGGCUCUGUUGGGAACCUCUCCACCUUAACCCAGAGUGUCGGUACUUAGCCAGUAGCUCUAAGGACGGCUCAAUACGUAUCUGGGACACAGUGCUGGGGCGCUGUGAGAAGAUUCUGACUGGACACGUUCAGUCAGUCACUUGCGUGAAGUGGGGAGGAGAUGGACUUCUGUACACAUCCUCUCAGGACAGAACGAUCAAAGUCUGGAGAGCCAAAGAUGGUGUCCAGUGCAGGACUCUGCAGGGUCACGCCCACUGGGUGAACACCCUGGCCCUCAGCACAGACUACGUCCUGCGCACUGGUGCUUUCGAACCUGCGACUGCCACUGUCAACCCGCAGGACCUCACCGGAUCACUGGAAGAGCUGAAGGAGAAAGCCUUGCAGAGAUAUAAUAAAGUCAGGGGUUCAGCUCCUGAGCGCUUGGUGUCUGGCUCGGAUGAUUUCACCAUGUUCCUUUGGAACCCUGCAGAAGACAAGAAGCCUCUGGCCAGGAUGACCGGCCACAGCGCUCUUGUCAACGAAGUGCUCUUCUCUCCAGACACCAGGCUCAUCGCCUCUGCCUCAUUCGAUAAAUCCAUCAAAAUCUGGGACGGACGCACUGGAAAGUACUUAAUGUCUCUGCGUGGCCAUGUGGCAUCUGUCUAUCAAGUGGCGUGGUCAGCAGACAGCAGGCUGCUGGUCAGUGGCAGCAGUGACAGCACGCUUAAAGUUUGGGACAUCAAGACUGGAAAGCUUAACAUGGACCUACCUGGCCACGCUGAUGAGGUUUAUGCAGUGGACUGGAGUCCUGAUGGUCAAAGAGUGGCCAGUGGCGGGAAAGACAAAUGUCUCAGAAUAUGGAGAAGAUAGCCACGUGUCUGUUCUGCUUCCUAACGUUGGCAGAGGAUUCAAAUCUUCUACUGUCAAGCAACCUGACCGCUGGAGGAAGAGUGGCUAGACUGUACCUAAUCCCCCAAAGUGGCAUUGUGUCAAAGAGCUUUUGUACGGUCAUGAUGUCAAUGCCAUGGGAGCAUUAAUGACUGUAAAGGUGUUUAGCUCAGUGGGAGUGUAAAAUGGGAGCAACAUCCAUCCAUUGAGAUUUUUGUAAACAGAAGCUGUACUGUGAAAUUCAGUAUAAGCAUCUCAGAUUUGACCCAUGAAAGGGUUUCCGUUCAUGUACAUACUGUUUUGUACACCUUAGGUCUCCUGACAUGUAAAGAACCUAAUAUGCUGAAACCACAAACAAGGUCAUAUAUUUAAAAAUGAAUAUGUAAACUAAUUCUUCAAUUUCUGAAUACUGUAUUCUAAAGAAAUGAAAUCCACAUUGAGAGAUUGUAAAACGAUGUAACUGGCCACAUCAGGAGAACAAACAUAUUUCUCUCAGCAUUUAUGUUUGUCCUCUCUUUCACCUUAAGCCUUACUAGAUGAACUGUAUCCUGUAGGUGACAGGUGGACCAGGCAGGCAACAGGUGGGAGCGCUAAUACCUUCCUCUAUGAUGUUAAUGCCGACGGCACUUGCCCUGGUCCUUCAGCCUUUAAUCUCCUCUGUCCUGUGGUCAGCAAAGCCUCAACCUGCUGAUUUUCUUUUUUUUUUUGCCUGUAUGGCAAAACCAAGUGUCACCAACACUGAACUGUGUGAUUCACAUCCCAGUAUGGAAAAACCAGGUUCACCAUUUCAGUUAAAAUAAGUUUUAUAUUCUGUAUUCAACUGGCUUUGUGAAUAUUUAACACAAAUAAAUAUUUACAUCACA